GUUAUGAGAGAGAGCCUGCAACACGCAGAGCGACGCCAGCAUGGCAAUCCAUCUCAGCAUUGCAUCCCCAAAUUCCCCAUGCUUAAAAAAAUCAUAAAAAAAAUCAUCAUAAAAUAAAUCUUUCGCAUCGAUCGCCUGUCUGCAACCUAAUCUCUCUCUCUUUCUGCCUGCCGCCCAUUUUCUUCCCUGCGUCCAAUCUAACAUCCACUGAAAAAUCAUCACGCCAUGUCGGUUAAUCAAGCGCUGUUACAAACCCUACCAUACUCCAUAUGGGACUUCUCCUCUCAUUCUGCCUCAUAUCACCCACGCAAUAUCAUGGAAAAUAGCCCAAUGGACCAGAGUUCAAGGUGGUCUAGUGGCACGAAUAAUCAGAUGCAGUAUAUCACUCUCAAGCUUGAUCGCCCUGCUAUUGUCCAUUCAGUCACUUUUGGAAAAUUCCAUAAAGUCCAUGUAUGUAACUUAAAAGAGUUCAAAGUCUUGGGAGGAGCUACGCCAAAUAAGCUGACCGAACUGGUGCACAGCGGUCUUCGUAACGAUAAUGAACCAGAGACGUUUGCAUUAAAGCACACAGCAAAUAAUGUGAUAUUCCCAAUCCAAUAUAUCAAAAUUGUGCCACUCAUGGCAUGGGGAGCGAACUUCAACUUUAGCAUAUGGUUCAUAGAAUUAAAAGGUAUCAUGAACCCUGAUAUUGUCAAUCGCGCUCAGAUUGAAUAUGAGCAGUGUCAGGAAAUGCAAACCAUCCGCUUGUGUCUCAAGCACUUUAGAGAGCGCAAUAUGACCGAAGUGUUUAAUGCGCUGAGUAGACAAACCAAUGUCCAACUGGAGGACCCCCUAUUAACAGACUUGCAUCGAGCGUUAGUGCUUGAAGCCAAUUAUCCCGAAGCCGAACGCAUUAUCGCGCAAGCAUCGAAGGCUGGCCUUUUUGAAUCCUAUUUGAAAGAAUGUGAUUAUACCCCUCUAUGGCAUUGUAUCGACACCGAUCAAUCCUCUCCAUCUGUUCGAGGUGGCCAUCAGAUGUGUAUAGACGUUGAGGGUGGAUUGAUUUAUCUGCUAGGAGGAUGGAAUGGGAAAAUGGAUUUGUCGGACUUUUGGUGUUAUAACAUACGGCAGAGACAAUGGACGAUGAUCAGCUCCAACACUGCAAAUGAAGGCGGACCUGGACCUAGAUCUUGCCACAAAAUCUGCUUUGAUCCAUCGACUCGCUCAAUCUUUGUAUUAGGACGGUAUGUUGAAUCACAAGCAAGACUGGAAGCCAACUUAAAUCCGGAUUUCUAUCAAUAUUUGACGCAUAUCAACCAGUGGGUCAAGAUCAGUGACAAUACUUCGAAUGAUGGAGGGCCUGAUCUGAUUUACGACCAUCAAAUGUGCAUGGAUACAGAAAAACAAAUGUUGUACGUUUUUGGUGGUAGAACAGUUCAUCCUGAUACGAAUCAGCACAAUUACAGUGGGUUAUAUCGGUAUAAUGCCAACAUGAACUCUUGGAAACUACUGAGAUCGGACGUAUCAUCGCACUCUCCUCCAACCCCUCCACAUGAAAACAACAAUGGAACCGAGGCCGCUACCACUUCACCUGGCGCGUCCACUUUAUCGCCGGCAGCUUCUUCUCCAUCUAUACCGUCUCCUCUGCUGACACAACAUGGCAUGCGGCACGACCAACCAGCUACCCUAAAGUCGAGAGUAGGACAUUCCAUGCUGUAUGACCCUGUAUCUCGACUAUUGUACAUAUUUGCUGGGCAACGCCUUAAGGACUAUCUCUCGGAUUUUUACGCAUAUUCUCUCGACCGAGAUGAGGUGAUUGAAAUAUCUCGGGAUUACUCCCGACAGGCUGGACCUGAUGCUGGCUUUACUCAGCGGGCAACUAUGGAUGCAGAAAAGCAGGAAAUUUAUAUUUUGUCUGGUUACAUGAAAGUGAAAGGUCAUGACACGGUGAAGAAUUCGUUCUGGGUGUAUGAUAUUCGCACGAAUGUGUGGAAGAAAGUGUACCAGAACGAAGCCAUCAAUGAUGAUAAUCAACGCAUUGUCAAUGAAACCGAGCCCUGCCCCAGGUACGCGCAUCAGCUUGUAUACGACCAUAUUAACAAAGUGCAAUAUCUAUUUGGCGGAAAUCCCGGCGACAAAAAAGACAUCACCAAGCGGUUAGAUGAUUUUUGGGAGCUGCGGUUACACAGACCCAACUCUCAAGACAUCCUAAGAAAAUGUUUGUUCCAGAUCCGUGCUCAGCAUUUCAUGGAGUUAUGUGAAGCAGAUUCAGAUGGUGGAAACAGUGGAUUGCCUGCCCUUCAAUAUUUGCAAAACGAAUUGUCGCAAGUCGUUGACCAUAAGAACCCCAAAGAAAGUACCGAAUUCAGGCAAUUAAGCACAAACUUGGUCAUGGGCAUGGCCAAUGGAAAGUCCAAGACAGACUUCGCUAAUGCUCGCAAUCGAUUGUAUGAGCACCUACUUUCAUACUUUCCCAAACACAUGAAGCAACCUGAUGAAUCGCUUAUCGAUACUAUGCGCAUCGUUUAGUCCUUUCAACUACUGAAUCUACAUUAUCGUAAUUAAGCUGGAAUACAGUAUAUUAAUGUGACACGUUUGGGAUCCUUGCUACAAUAAAUUUUUUAAAAAAGUGGAUGGCGGCAAAAGUCUAAGCAAGCAAAGCAAAGCAAAGCACCAUCACUGCUCCCAAAAGAACCCCUUUUCAUAGGAACCCUCUUGCGCUUGGACGACAUUAAACAAACAAUGUCGU